AUGCUCUCCGACCUCUCCCUCGCUCUCAUAUCGGACUGGGCCACUACCCUCACACUAAUCUUCGGAGGAUGUUGUAGCAAUGCACUCACACUAGAACAACUGACGUCCCACUAUCCCAAGUCUGGAUCACUUAUCACCUUCGCGCAAUUUCUCGCCAUCUCCAUCCAUGGGCUGCCCAAGUUCAUAAUCUUCACGCCAUACCCCAGGCUUCGGCCACGCCGGAUACCACUGCUCCCCUACCUGCUUCAAGUUGCGCUCUUCUGUGCCGUUUCCCUACUAAACAAUGCCGCGUUUGCAUACCGGGUACCUAUGGCCGUGCACAUCAUAUUCCGAAGUGGUGGUUUGGUCAUUAACAUGAUAAUGGGAUGGUUGCUGAGGCGAAAACGGCGAGUGGGGCACUCUGCUGCGCAAGUCGCGAGUGUGUUGCUCGUGACGGUGGGUGUAAUCCUCACGACACUCUCUGCUUCCAAGCCCAAAGCACCUGGAACAAGCCAGCUUUCCGGUCUGUCUUCUCCAGAUCAUACUAAGACCUACAUUUUUGGCAUAUCUAUUCUCACCCUUGCGUUGAUCCUCUCUGGAUUCCUCGGCAUGGUGCAGGAUAAGACUUUCGCCACCUAUGUCCGGAAUGCCCCUCCGCCUGCCAAGGACAUUGAGGGCAAGGCAUCCACAGAGCAGCCCCCAGCAUGGCAGGAAUCCAUGUUCUACCUCCACCUCCUCUCAAUGCCGAUGUUCUACUUCCUCUGGGACGACCUCGUCUUCCAGUUCACUGUACUGAACGCCAGCCCGACCAUGCAGCUCGUCGUCCCCUCGCCGCUCCCGCUCAGGUCGACCUCGAGCGGAGAUAUCUACGCCACAUCAAACGCCUCCAUGCCCCUCGCGCACCUGACUUCCAUCUCGCUCCCGAGCGGGUACAUCCCCCUCGUGCUGAACACCCUCACGCAGAUUGUGUGCGUGUCGGGUGUGCACCGUCUCACGUCCCGCGUGUCCUCGCUGACCGUUACGCUCGUGCUCGUCGUCCGCAAGGCCGUCUCGCUGCUCAUCAGUGUGCUCAUGUUCAGUUCGCGUGGCGCGGAGCAGCCCGGGAACAGAGGCAUGAUGUGGGCCGGGGCGGCAAUGGUGUUUGCUGGGACGGUACUUUACUCUCUUGCCUCGCGUGGGACGCCGCCGAAGCAGAUAGAGGGGAAAGCGAAGCAGGAGUAA